AUGGCAGAGAUCAUUGGUGUCGCCGCAUCAGCGACCCAGCUGGGCAUAGCAUGCUUUUCGCUGAUAGACAUCGUGAGAAAGAUAAAAGGGGGAGCCUCGACGCUCGAAAGAUAUCAUGAGCAGCUCCAAGAACUUCAGAGCAUUUCUACUUGCAUCUCUCAGAACCCGCUUCUCCAAACUGCUGAGAUUGGGACACAGACUGAUGCCCUUCUUUAUAUUAUCAACAACAACCGCAUAAACUCUCUACUCCGUAAGGGACGAGUUCUCCGUACUUGGGGUUUCCUAUACAGAGAGCAAGACCUUUUGGAUAUCUUUGUCAGACUUGAACGGCAAAAAAGCAACCUCUCCCUAGCCAUUGAACAGAUUCAGUCCAAAGCCUUGUAUCAGAUCCAAACGGACAUACAAAACAUGGCCGAGAAGAACACAGACACGAAGGAUGAGAAAAAGCCGUCUGGCUCCCCGAAAGGAUCGAGAACUCUAGGCAACGGUGAAUUCCCACCAUAUACCGCUUCUUCGAACCCUCACUUUGAGCAUCUUUACUUCGACCUUGUGAGGUCCUUCGUCCCUACUGAGCGUCAGACGAGUUAUCUUGCUAGCUUCGCUGCCUCUUUUAAGGGGCAAGAAUCUUCGACCAACUCCAACAAUCGAACUACCCAAGCCGACCAAACUCGCGACGCCGCACCCGAACCCACUAUGGGAGGGAUUUGGAACUGCCCCAUAGCUCCCUCGGGGUACUUACAGGUGAACGGAAAUAAUUACGACAUUGACGGUCUACUCUCUAGAGAACUGGCCCGGAACGCCCCUCGUGGAACGAACAGGACACGAAGCGUCUACAAUAACCCGAUCAAGACGGGGAAUGGAGACCAGCACAAUGGAAACUACAUUGUUUUCGAUGAUGUGACUGGCGCGACUGAGCCUGAGAUCAACGCUACAUACAACCACCCAAUAUGCAUCCCUGCAUCUUUUGCAAACCCGGGACAGAUUGUUGGAAGACAAAUCAACGGCAACACUAUCAUACGCAAACAUACUGCAGGCGCAAGAAGUGACAAGAAGUAG